GGCUGUACUAAAAAUUUAGCCACGCACCAAAGUAUAUAAAAAGCCCUCUGUGCAGGCGAAUUGGCAUAAUUAAACCAAACUUUAACCGAAAAACAUGAAGUUAUUACUGAUUUUUGCUGCUGCAAUCGCCUGCGCACAUGCACUACAAUUGCAGUACAUAGUUCAGGGAUCGGGCGAAUCCAGUGAAGAGGAAUAUAGUUUAGUACUGCCUUCGAGUGGUAAACCUGCCUUUGCCGUGCUUGAUAAACCCAAAGAGGAGGAUUCGGAUGAAGAAUCCAGUGAAAAGGAAUACCGUUUACUUUUACCAACCGUUGGUCAACACCAACCCAGCUUAUCAGGUGUGCCUAUUUUCCAGACAGUUAAAGUAAAGGUACCACGCCAUGGCGACUCGUCGAUCAAGCAACAACUUUUCGCGCAAGCUUUGGCUGCACGUGGCAUAAGUCUGCAAGACUUGGGCGUAGAUCCUUUAACUAGCAGACGCUCCGAACCCAAUUUGGGUAUCCAAAAUUUAGGCGCUCAACUUUUGGCGAGAUCAGCAGGACUUAAUUACGGUGGCCAAGAUUACGGCGCUCAACUUAUGGCGAGGUUAGUGCCAAAUUUGGGUGUCCAAGACUUAGGCGCUAAAAUUUUGACGAGAUCAGCAGCACCUAAUAACGGUGGCCAAGAUUACGGCGCUCAACUUAUGGCGAUGUUAGCGCCAAAUUUGGGUGUCCAAGACUUAGGCGCUAAACUUUUGACGAGAUCAGCUGCACCUAAUAACGGUGGCCAAGAUUACGACGCUCAACUUAUGGCGAUGUUAGCGCCAAAUUUGGGUGUCCAAGACUUAGGCGCUAAACUUUUGACGAGAUCUGCUGCACCUAAUAACGGUGGCCAAGAUUACGGCGCUCAACUUAUGGCGAUGUUAGCGCCAAAUUCGGGUGUCCAACACUUAGGCGCUCAACUUUUGGCGAGAUCACAAGGAUCUAAUAACGGUGGCCAAUAUAACGGAGCUCAACUUAUACAGCACUCGAUGCCCGACUUGGGACAGAGUCAAGUUUAUCUGAUACGUAAACAACGCCAGGCGCCAGCUUCAGAUAAAAAUGUAGGUGAAGUUGUAGCGGAAGGUGGAAAUGUUGAUAGUGUCAUUGCAUCUAAUGCAGUCACGGAAGCGCCCGUUAUUGGGGUCGUCACAAAACCUCCAAUCGUAGAUGCAGUCGUUGCUCCUAUCGUAUCUGCGGUACGCCAAGUCCGCCGGUCUGCCAAGUCAAAUUAAAUAAACUUUUUUUUAUAGGCUGCGAAGACCCUGAGUAAGAAUGCUUUAUUACACCAAUAAAACGAAGAACUAAAACA